GCUUGAGAACACCAAAGGAACUGGCUCCAUGUACGCAUGCCCGUACCCCACAGCUCCAGCUAUGGUGGCGUCAAUCCGACUCGUAGUCUUCCCUAGGCAGACUCUCAAAUCGAGUAAGUCGAGGUGUGAAAUAGGUCCGACUCGGAGCCGGUGACUGGGCCUGAACGAUCGGUCACCUUCCUUCCGACUGAGAACCUCUGACUUCCCCUAUUGUAUGUUUCAAAAGCUUGGGUCUCCCUACAUCUCAGACAUUAACCACCAUGUCCCCCAAGACUCUGUUGGAGGCUCGCACAGAAAGACUGGAAUCCCACCGCAAAGAUGCCGUCCCCAUCGACGAGGCAACCCGAGCACACCACGACUCGCUAAUCGGACCUGUCCGUCUUUUAAACGUCGACCCGGACCGCGACUACCUCCCUUUCGUCCAAUUCAUCCGACGAAUCUUGGUACACCUGACGGUAUCGAGCCGCACUGCGUGGGGAACCAUAGGAAGCUACACAUGCACGCUAAUGUUCAUGAGGCGAACAAACCUGGGCAAGGACGUCUGGGAUAAACUGUACCCAAACUCCGGUAUCGAAUUGCUCCCUUUCAUCCUUGCGUACAUUCGGGACUCCCCUCCUGCGAUCACGUUGGAGGAACGAAGCCCACCUGAAUCUUCCUGGGGAUCCUGGCACGAUAAUGAGAUAGUGAUUUCUCGUGAGCUUGUGGCGGCUUACCUUGACCUCGAGGUGCAUUCAUGAUCAGGUCCUCCUCCCCUCUUUAUCGUGUCUGACAAUGUUCUAGAAAAUCAAAUCCAGCAAAGCCGCAUUGGAUCCAGAUGACGAGCGUUCCCUUGUAUUUCUCCAGGCGAUCAUCCUCGUCACUUUCCUCCACGAGCUUACCCACACCCUCAUGAAAACACUUUUCAGGGGCCGCCUUGGUUCACUGCUUGA